AUGAGAGAUAUGGAUCUGUUCACCAAAAUUGAAGAAAGAACCGUGGCCACCUGCGGCCAGAAGCUGAUCGAAAAAGGGAUGACCAUUGCCUUUGCCGAAAGUGCCACCGGUGGCAGGAUGGCGGCAGAGUUUAGCCUGGUAAAAGAUUCCGGAAAGUUCCUAAAGGGUGGAUUCGUCUGCUAUGAUGCCUGUCUGAAGGAAAGUGUACUGCACGUACCCGCAAAACUGAUCGAGGAAUUUACGCCCGAGUCUACAGAGGUCACCUUUGCCAUCACCUCCGGUCUGAUGGGACUGAUCGAAGCUGGACCUGCACAUAGGGGUGACCGGACUUACCUGUCCAGGAGGCAGCGAGACCGAAGAUAA